AUGCCAAUGAAUCAAGACAUCGUGGACCCUGCAAGAUUCGGCCAAAGGAGACUUCUGGGGACGUUGUGGGCAGGUGUAGCAGUCUCGUUUUGCUUCUUACUGUUCCGCUUCUACGUUCGCCUCAAGAUAUUCCGCCGCCUUCAUAUCGAAGACCCUUUCGUUCUUGCAGCAUGGCUGAUGAAUCUCGUCAACGCUGCCAUUUGGCAGAAGACCGCAAAGGAGCUAUACUCAGUCAUUGGGGUCGAGAGCGGGCAUAUAGCCAUGCCUGCACCGGAGUAUUCCUCACAUAUCCACGUCGAACUCCACAGCCUACUUGCGUCCGAGCUACUCUAUUACACGGCUUUGUGGAGUGUCAAAUUAUCUUUCCUUUUAUUCUUCCGCAAUCUCGGCAAUUACAUACGACGACAUAUGAUACUUUGGUACUGUGUCCUUGCAUUUACAAUCGCUUCAUACGCUGUUUGCUUGUGCGUGCUCGAUUACAAGUGUCUGGUAGAACCAAGAGGCAUAGCGGAGUGUCGUAGUGUCCACGCCGCCCACUUUGUGCCUACCUCUAUUAGACUAGGUACCGUAUUCGACACUUCAUCGGAUGGCCUUCUAAUCCUGAUGUCGACAAACCUCCUCUGGAACGCGUUGAUAGAUGUCAGGAAGAAGCUAGCAUUGACCGGCAUUUUUUCCUUGACAAUAUUCGUCAUCAGCGUCUCGAUUACGCGAGUCGUCCUUACAACAAGCGGGCCUCGGCUCGAUCUCACCUGGCUUCUCCUAUGGAGUGGGCUGGAAAUGACAGUCGCAAUCAUUGUCGCCUGCCUAGGCUCUUUCAGAAUACUGUACACAAGUUCAGAACGCUCCAGGCGUUCCGCACGCAUCGAAAAUCAAACAAACAGAGAUGCAGAGUAUCUAGGCAACGCUCCUGGAUUCCCACUCAACGCCCGAGUGCGCAACUCGACAUCUAUCAAUGCAAGCGAGUACAACCAUAAGAAGCGGCUGGAUUCAACAGAUACAUUCGAAGAGGCUAUACUUCCCAUGGACAACGUCUACGUUCAGCAUAAGUAUAGCAACUUUUCUAGACCAAGGAUGAGGUACGAAGAAACACCAUCACCGCUAGAGACCCCAGUGGUCCGGCCUCACUGUCAUUGUUCACCAUCAUUCGUUGGACAUCAGGGUUCAGGGUUGGAGGACGUUACGCAUUCGAAUCACUAA